GGUGGCGCUGUGCCUGGCGGUGGCGGUGAGCCCUCCGGUGCUGCAGGUGGCGCUGUGCCUGGCGGUGGCGGUGAGCCCUCCGGUGCUGCGGCGGCGCUGUGGCGCAGUUUCCCGCCGCCGGGCUCCGGCCGCCGAGAUGCAGAAAUACGAGAAACUGGAGAAAAUCGGCGAAGGAACCUACGGGACAGUGUUUAAAGCAAAGAACAAAGAAACUCAUGAAAUUGUGGCACUGAAGAGAGUUCGACUGGAUGAUGAUGAUGAGGGGGUGCCCAGCUCAGCCCUACGAGAAAUCUGCCUUCUGAAGGAGCUGAAACAUAAAAACAUUGUGAGACUGCAUGAUGUUCUUCACAGCGAUAAGAAGCUGACCCUUGUGUUUGAGUAUUGUGACCAGGAUUUGAAGAAAUAUUUUGACAGCUGUAAUGGAGAUCUUGAUCCUGAGAUUGUGAAGUCGUUCAUGUAUCAGUUGCUGAAAGGCUUGGCAUUCUGUCACAGCAGGAAUGUGCUACACAGGGACUUAAAACCCCAGAACCUCCUGAUCAACAGGAAUGGGGAGCUGAAGCUAGCAGACUUUGGGCUGGCUCGAGCGUUUGGGAUCCCUGUCCGAUGUUACUCUGCAGAGGUGGUGACACUGUGGUAUCGCCCUCCAGAUGUUCUGUUCGGAGCCAAACUCUACUCAACCUCCAUCGACAUGUGGUCAGCAGGCUGCAUAUUUGCAGAGUUGGCAAAUGCCGGAAGGCCUCUGUUCCCUGGGAACGAUGUAGAUGAUCAGCUGAAGAGAAUUUUUCGCUUGCUGGGGACCCCAACGGAGGAGCAGUGGCCGUCAAUGACCAAACUUCCUGAUUACAAGCCCUAUCCCAUGUACCCGGCGACAACAUCCCUACUAAACGUGGUUCCAAAGCUCAAUACUACUGGCCGGGACCUGCUGCAGAACCUGUUGAAGUGUAACCCGGUACAGAGAAUUUCGGCUGAGGAAGCCUUGCAACAUCCCUACUUUGCGGACUUCUGCCCUCCCUAACGGAACACGCGACUCUCGGCACCUUCCCAGUCUCGUGCCCAGGACUGCCCAUCCUGCAUCACUCGGCCUGAAGGAACCACUGCAACUCGAGCUGCCUCUCCCCUCUCUGUGCUUCUUGUCACAGUCACAACCAAAGUGGUGGACCCUUGAGGUGACCUCGUUGUGGGCAGGGUCUUAAGAAUGAGAACCUCACUGAACCAUCUGUGUGUUUCUCUGGAAAAAUUUUUUUUUCAGCAUUCCAUACAGAUCACCAUGAAAAAAGCACUUUUUGUCUGUAAAGAACUCAUCUGAAACUUGUACUGUCGACUAUUUUGUGUUUGUGCAUGUGUCCUUGUGCACAAAUGUGUUGUGCAUCGGCAGGUGUGACCUUGUGCACAGGUGUGUUGCUUCUGUGUGCAUGUCUCUGUCCAAAGUUGUGUAUAUCCAUGCGUCCCCGUGCAUCUUGUGACCAUAAAUGUCUCGGGUGCUCUUGGUAUGUGUAUGUCGUAUUCAUUGUGUAUGUAAUCGUGUGUGUGUCACUCCGUGCUGAUGGACGUUAAACAUGCCCUUCUCUAUCAUUUCUGCUCUCCCUCAUCUGUGUUAUUAACUCUGUUAGUUACAGAGUGUCUGGUCAGUGCCUGUGAUUGCCUGUGCAUUCUCUGUGUGCUGGAUGUGCAUUGUGUGUGUUACUGGGGGACUGUCUGUACGUUAGCAUGGAUUUAGUGUGUGUGAUGUGCAGAAUGUUGUCACUGAAUUAGUGUGGACUUCCAGCACUGAACCUGUGGUCUUGUUUUAUAGGGAAUGAUUUUGUUUGGAGUUUAUCAUGAGUGAAAGCACUUUUUUUUGCAAAGAAAUGUGAAACUUGAAAGUUUGUCAUUUUGUGUUUAUUUGGUGUAUGUGUGUGCUUGUACCAUGUGAUGUCACAUAUGUAAAACUGUUCUCUGGUCACUCGUGUGUUAAUGUAUGCUCCUGUACGUUUGUGUUAACGUGCUCAUGUGUGUUGUGUAUGUUUUUACUUUUGCUGGAUGUCACUGUCACUGAGUGAAGGUUCUGUGGGCAUUGUAUCAGCAUCCACCUAACCUCAGCGGCUGCCCAGUGUCAAAGGCCCCUGUGAACAAGCUCUCACUUAUUCUGGUCAAGCAGCGUUGUCCGAGAAUCCAGUUGAUGCACUUGUUUCUGCAUUUAAGUCACUGAAUUGUUCCAGGUCCUCUUGUGUUUUGACAGCAAAGAAAAUCAGCACUAGGCUGUAACAGCUGAUAAAUAGCAAAUGACAAGCAACUCAUCUACCAUGGCAGAUAAUCAUUAUGGCAUAAUUUACUGGCGUGCCAAACUUUAUACCUCCUUGGGUGCAAAACAAUUAAUAAAAAGUGGAAUACUU